CUGUGGCAGGGAUGCUGUUACCAUGAGAACAGCCAGAGAGCAUCAGACGUAACAUCACAUCAUUAAAUAGACGGCUUCAGCGCUCCGCCGGUGUAGGAGGGUGAACCGUGCUGAGGAGAAGACGGGUCUAUUAUUGGUUCUGUGCUUUUUGAACUACAGAUAAUCUGAUGCAUAAUUAUUCCUGAUUAACUUUGUCUAACAGACUCGUCCUGCUCUGGAUGGAGAACCAAACGGUGGUGGCUCCUCUCAGACAGCCGAUCGAGUUUGAACUGGAGGGCUUCGAUGUCCCAUCAGGAUACGGACCCUUCCUCUUCCUCCUGGCUCUGCUGGUCUACAUGCUGGUCUUACUGGGGAAUGGGGUGGUGUUGUGUGCCAUUGUGAUGGACCAGAACCUGCACAGACCCAUGUUUAUAAUGAUCUGUCACCUGUUGAUCUGUGACCUGCUGGGAUCUACAGCAAUGGUUCCUUGCCUCAUGAUGCAACUCCUGCUGGGGCAGAAGAAGAUUGUUUACCUGUCGGCCAUUGCUCAGGCCUUCUGUGUGCACACCUACGGGAUGGCGAUGCAGACUGUUCUGGGUGUGAUGGCCUACGACAGGUACGUGGCGGUGUGUGAGCCUCUCAGGUACUGCUCCAUCAUGACUUCAUCCCGGCUACACUCCUGCUGCGCUUUGGCCUGGACGGUCGCCCUGCUGCUCAUCGCCGUGCUCUUCUCCUUCCACGUGAACGUUCCUCUGUGUGGUCGGGUCAUCCGACACGUCUACUGCAGCAACAGGGGCAUCCUGGACCUGGCCUGCAUUCCCACGCCUGAAAACAACUUCUACGGUUUGUCCAUCACCUGGUCAAUGAGUUCUGGCGUGUUCCUCGUCAUCGCCUUCUCCUACUUCAGGAUCCUGAGAGCUUCUCUGAGGCAAGGCCGAACCGACAGCAGCAUCCGCAGCAAGGCCCUCCAGACCUGCGCCUCACACCUUGUUGUUUAUGUCAUCUAUGAGAUGGCAACCACUAUCAUCGUAGUGAGUUAUCGGUUCCCCUCGGCUUCCCAGAACAUUAAGAAAUUCUUCAGCAUCCUGUUCAUCAUGUUCCCUCCAGCCAUCAACCCCAUCAUCUACGGCCUGGUCAGUAAAGAGCUACGCUCCAGCAUCGUGAAGCGUUUCUCCACACGGGUCACAGAUAAAACCUGACCCAGCCGCACCAAAGCCCUCAGAACCGUUUCUGUCAGAAGCAGGAACCCGGCAGGAACCUCUGUAGAGCCAGGGGACUCCCAGGGCAGGUUUAGGUGUUUUUCUGGAUCUCGUUAUAGAGGAAGCUGUGGUAAUCACCACCUAGCUCGACGUCCAGAACAAAGUUCUUACUCCAUAACCCAAUUAUUAUCAUUAUUAUUGUAUUUUUAAUUUACUUGUAAAGAAAUGAGAAAUAAUAGCACACAUAUUAUACAUUGGUACUAUAUGAACUUUCAUAUUUAGCUGUAAACCUGAUUUUAAUUCAGUUUAAAUGAAAGUCCAUCCAGUUUGUUUAUUUAUUUAUUCACAGAAAAGUGGUUUAGAAGACAAAUAUAAACAACCCGUGUCUCAGCCAGUCAGGCGUACAAACAGCAGCCCUUUAACGUUAUUUUACAUUAUUAUGUUCUAUUAUAGCGUCAUUCACACCAUAAACUCAUUCAUUUAAAAACGUUAAGAUCUGCAGUCCUAAAAAAAUCAGUGUUAUGAGGAUAAUUAUUAAGUGGUUUGGCUUCGAGGCACUUCUUAUACGUUUUAAAUGAUGUGGAAACUCAACAUUAUUCCAGAUCUGUGGACCUUUACGCUGAAUCAUGUGCAUUUACAGGUCUGGUGUGAUGAGAAUGGUCUGAAGUUAGGAGUGUAUUAUGUUUAUACCCUUUUGGAUGCUUGCUAUGAACUAUCUUAUACAUAAAACAUGUUGUAUUUGGUGAGUUUCAGAAGAUUAUUACAACAAAAAUUCUGAUUCUGCCAAAUCCAAACAUCUCAGAAAAAAGGCUCCAGAUUUACGCUGAUUCCUUGCAGUGAACUGGAUUAAUAUUUUCUCUGUGUAGCGGUGGCAAAUGUGUAUUAUUUAUUUGAUAUUCUGAAUAAAUAUACAAUAGUACCUUGCUUGAUCUUUUUUUGUAAAUAUCAGAAAAUUAUAGGGCUUAAUCAGAAGAUUCUAGGAUUCUUUAAUAAAGCUCCAUCACACAUCCAUGACCUGAUUGUUCCAUACGUUCCUAACCGAGCACUUCGCUCUCAGACUGCAGGUUUACUGGUGGUUCCCAGAAUAUCUAAAAUUAGGAUGGGAGGUAGAUCUUUUAGUUAUCAGGCUCCUCUCCUGUGAAACCAGCUCCCAGCUUUAGUCCGUG